CUCUUCUCACCGUUCCCGCUUUCUCUCCCCACUUCGGCUCCGUUCCGUUUUCCUCACUUCCUUUCUCUCUCUCUGCCACCGCUCUUCUUUGAAAUUCCGAUUCAUUUCUUCCUUGUCUCGCCGUGAAAGGAGGAUUUGAUUUGAUCUGUGAGGUGAGGAAGGCAGUCCUUGCAGUAUUCGGAGAGGAGAAUUUGUUGUGGAAUCGUUUUGGAAAAAGGUUCUGUUAGUUCCGGCAGUGAGAGUAUCUUGAAUUUGGAUCGGUGUUUGGUUUUUAAUGGCGUCGUCAAUGAUUCUAAAUCCUGUGGCGAGUUCUGAGCGAUCGCGUGAUUCGUCCAGAAAGAAGAAGAAGAAGAAGAAAGUGGCGAGGGAAAAUGAUCGUCAAGGUCAGGAUCACAUCCAGUGGAAAUCACAAGCUCAGCAUCAAGUUUACUCUUCGAAGCUGUUGCGCGCCUUGAGUCAGGUCAGGAUCAGUUCUUCCGAGUCGGCACCAAACGAGACUCCGCGCCGCGGCCGAGCUGUGCGGGAGGCGUCUGAUACAGUUCUGGCCAUGACGGCGAAAGGAAGAAGUAGGUGGAGCAGAGCAAUCUUGACGAACCGUCUCAAGCUCAAGUUUCGAAAGCACAACCGGCAGAAGGCUCAUGCGACUGGAAACAGCAGAACGAAGAAGCCGAGAGUUAGCGUUUUCCGGUUGAGAGGGAAGGGAUUACCAACUUUACAGAGUAAAGCUCGGCUUCUCGGCCGGCUGGUUCCCGGCUGCAGAAAGCAACCGCUGCCGGUGAUUCUGGAUGAAGUAACCGAUUACAUACCCGCUCUGGAAAUGCAGAUCCGAGUCAUGAGCGCCAUAGUCAACUUGGUUUCAAGCUCUUCUUCUUCUUCUUCUGGUAUGGAUUCUUCCAUCUCCCCACCUUCUACCUGAUAAACACACUCUUUUGCACAUCAUGCCCGCGCACUUUCUCUCAGCUUUCUUGCCAG